AUGGAGGAGUCCUCUCUAUGUAUUCAUACCCAUAUAAAAACAUACAAUAGGGGCUCUUCGGGGAUGCAGAUGCGGUUCGGAAGGCGCUAUGGACAGGCGAAGGCAAUAAAGAACCCUGAAGAUCCAGUUUGUUACCUACCUCUUCUACCUAGCAAAGUAGAUCUCCAGCAGAUCACUAUAUUUCCACAUAAUGAGUGGAAGAGGAUUCAAGACAGCCUUGAUAGUUUGACAAGAGAAGCAGCACGCCUUCGUGCAGAAAGAAAGGCAAAGAAACAAAUGCAUAUUCGAUCCCAAGAAGUGGUAAAACAUUGGACUAAUACAGCUGCAGGGAUUAAAGAACAGAGUCUAAAAGCCAAAAAGAAGUGUGAAGAAGAAUUAGAGGCAGAACGAAAAAUUCUUGAUAUGGAAGAAGAAAUGCACAAACAAGAAGAAAGGAAGAAAGCUAUUGAAUUUGCUAAACAAUACCAAUUUUACCAAACAGAGAGAGUGAAAAAACUUCAUUCAGGACUACUUCUUAGCAGAGUCUUGAAAGAACGAGAUGCACAGAUUGAAUUCAAAAAGAAUAAUAUAAAAUCGGACAAAAAAUGGGAGGAACAAUUGAAACACAACAUUGAAAAAGCUUUUCAAGAAGAAAACGAAAAAGCAAUAAAACGACAAAAAGAUAGAAUGGCUCUUGCCCUUUUUCAUUUAACAGAACAUAUAAAUGAUAAAAAUAUCAUUAAAGCAGUAGAACAGCAGCAUCAAGAAGAAGAAGAAGAAGAAGAAGAAGAAGAAGAAGAAGAAGAAGAAGAAGAAGAAGAAGAAAAGACUAGAAGAUUUAUCAAAGCAAAAAAACAUCUUGCAAAAGUUGGGAUAGAAAAAGAAAUGGAAAGACAAAAGCAAGAGGAAGAACAGAGAGAAAGAAUAAAAAACUUACUGACUGCACUAAUGAGUGCAAAAGUUGACAAUGAAGAUUUGAUUAUUGCUAGAGAUACUGCAGAAGCUGAGGCUGAAUGGCAAAAAAGAGAACAAGAAAAAAUGGAAAAAAGAGAAGCAGAAUUCAAAGCAAUUGCAGAACAUAGGGAAAUUAUGAUGAAAAAUAAAGAGGAGCAAGAAAAACUACGUAAAAUAGAGGGCAAAGAACGAUUGUUAGCCAUGAAGAAAGCAGAUCAGAUUUUCUAUGAGCAUGAAAAAGAGAAAAAACUCAAAGCUGCUAAGGAACGUAGAGAUCUUCAAGAGGCCCAUGUUCAGCACAUUGCUAAAAAUAAUUUGAAAUCACAAAAAGCAAAACAAGCAGAACUAGAGUACUGGCAAGAUACUAAUGCUCUUCUGAAUAAAAAGAAUAAAGAAUUUCAGGAUUAUGCCAGAGAAGUAAUUAAUUUUGAGGCUGAAUCAACAAACAAAUAUAUUUACCCUCUUGCAAAAGCUGCACAAGAAGGAUUUGGUGGUGGACAUGGACCGAUUUUUGUGGACAGGGGUGGAUUAAGACCCAGCUAUCAGGCAAAUGAUGCUACUGGAGUCCAGCUCCCUUCUUUUAACUCUCAGGGAUCAAAAUACAAUAAUUUAAAAAAAUCCAAAGGAAGGCUAGGUUUUAUAUGGUAG